CAUUCUUUUAUGUAUUGAACCYAAUCUUUAUAUAAUUAAAUUUGAUAAGGAUGAACUGAUUACGUUACAGCUCUCAUCCAGUCAUUUCAUGUGUAAACACAGGAGCUUUUGGGGGACACCACAUAUCUAAACCAUAGCAGUUAAUGUUUUGGGAAUUUUAAGAAAUGCUUUUCUGUCCUUAGACCACAUUUAAAAAUGCUAUUUCAUUUUCUCUUUCACUUAAAACUUUAAGAUACCUGGAAUCCAUUAUUUAUGGUUUGAAGUAAUCAAAAUCAUUAAUUUACUCAACAUAUUUUAAUGGAGUGCCUACUAAGGGCAAGAUGCUGUUCAAGUUACUUUGUAUAAUUUGUGAACAAAUAUACCUGCCCUUGUAAAGUUUAUGGUGUUCUACAAAGAGUAGGUCUUUACUGGGUCAUCACCUAUUUUGCUCAGGGUGAAUUUGACAAACUUUCAGAUGGUAUUAGUUACGGAAUAGGCUUUACUUGGAAAAGGAAAUUCUUUUCAGGUCAAUAUCAGUCAAAAAGGAAAACAAAGAUUCGUCAUCCUUUCAUCAACCCAAAGAGUAACCAGCUGGAGUAGAGAUAAUGGAAGGACAGAACUGAGCUUUUGAAAUACUUCAACCAUGACUAAAAGAGAAGCUGAGGAGUUGAUAGAAAUUGAGAUUGAUGGAACAGAGAAAACAGAGUGCACAGAAGAAAGCAUUGUAGAACAGACCUACGCCCCAGCUGAAUGUGUGAGCCAGGCCAUAGACAUCAAUGAACCAAUAGGGAAUUUAAAGAAACUAUUAGAACCAAGACUACAGUGUUCUUUGGAUGCUCAUGAAAUUUGCCUGCAAGAUAUCCAGCUGGAUCCAGAACGAAGUUUAUUUGACCAAGGAGUAAAGACAGAUGGAACUGUACAGCUUAGUGUACAGGUAAUUUCUUACCAAGGAAUUGAACCAAAACUUAACAUCCUUGAAAUUGUUAAAACUGCGGAAACUGUUGAAGUCGUAAUUGAUCCAGAUGCCCACCAUGCUGAAGCAGAAGCACAUCUUGUUGAAGAAGCCCAAGUGAUAACUCUUGAUGGUACAAAACACAUCACAACCAUUUCAGAUGAAACUUCAGAACAAGUGACAAGAUGGGCUGCUGCACUGGAAGGUUAUAGGAAAGAACAGGAACGCCUUGGGAUUCCCUAUGAUCCUAUACAGUGGUCCACAGACCAAGUCCUACAUUGGGUGGUUUGGGUAAUGAAGGAGUUCAGCAUGACUGACAUUGACCUCACCACCCUCAACAUUUCGGGGAGAGAUUUAUGUAGCCUCAACCAAGAAGACUUUUUUCAGCGAGUCCCUCGGGGAGAAAUUCUCUGGAGUCAUCUCGAGCUUCUUCGAAAAUAUGUGUUGGCAAGCCAAGAACAGCAGAUGAAUGAGAUAGUUACAAUUGAUCAACCUGUGCAGAUUAUUCCAGCAUCAGUGCAGUCUGCUACUCCAACUACUAUUAAAGUUAUAAAUAGUAGUGCAAAAGCAGCUAAAGUACAAAGAGCCCCAAGGAUUUCAGGGGAAGAUAGAAGCUCACCUGGAAACAGAACAGGAAACAAUGGUCAAAUCCAACUAUGGCAGUUUUUGUUAGAACUUCUUACUGAUAAGGAUGCUCGAGACUGUAUUUCUUGGGUUGGUGAUGAAGGCGAGUUUAAGUUAAAUCAACCAGAACUUGUUGCACAAAAAUGGGGACAACGCAAAAACAAGCCUACGAUGAACUAUGAGAAGCUCAGUCGUGCAUUAAGGUAUUAUUAUGAUGGGGACAUGAUUUGUAAAGUUCAAGGAAAGAGAUUUGUGUACAAGUUUGUCUGUGACUUGAAGACUCUUAUUGGAUACAGUGCAGCAGAAUUGAACCGUUUGGUCACAGAAUGUGAACAGAAGAAACUUGCAAAGAUGCAGCUCCAUGGAAUUGCCCAACCAGUCACAGCAGUAGCUCUGGCUGCUGCUUCUCUACAAACAGAAAAGGAUAACUGAGACCCAGGACCUUCUGGGAGUCUAAGGUCUUUCUUAAAUAUCUAGAGCAAGCAUCGCUCUUACCUUUAUUACUGAAUUUGAAUCUUCUUUUAUUUCUAGAUUGUACAAUCUGAUGCAUGAUUUUUUUAUAAAUAUUUCAUACUCUUGUGAAUUUGGAUCUUUUUACUUUGAGCAUAUAUUUUAGAAUAUGUGUAUGUUAAAGGAUCACCACAAUGUUAUACGCUUGAAAGCAGCUUCAUUGUGGGAUAGUUUGUUAACAGGAAAGCUAAACUGGUCAGUAUUAAUGU